UCGCGUAUAUAUAGUGUUUCGAAAAUUAAAUAAAAAAAAUAAAAAAUCGGUUGGCCGAUCGCUCGCCAAUCGGCCAGUGCCCGGGAAUCGGCGUGCGCUCGCCGUUUUUCUCGCCGAUUUGGCACUCGCCUACUGCAAUGGUUCGGUGAGCGGACCGGCCAGCGUCGGGAAUCGGCUAGCCGCUCCGCUCGCCGCCAUUGUUAGCCGGUCCGCUCGUCGCCAUUGUGGAUACUCUUAUUGUGUUUACUAUUGGUGAAUCAGAUUCUCAUGUAUCAUCAUUUUGUAAUUAAUUUCUAUUCUGCAUUAAAAAUUGAGAUGUGUCCUUAAUAUGUUAAAAAAAAUAACCGGAGUUAAAUUAUUUGGUAAGUUGAAGCUAUCCAAUUUUAAUUAAAUGGGACUUUAUUAUAUUCUUUUGAAAAUGGGAUGCAUUGAAUAUUGUGAAGCAUGCAAAACAUGAUAAUUCAAUUCAAAGACAGGAGAUAGCUGGUCCUUCCACUCCACGUUUUAAUCAACUCCGGAUCUUCGGAGCCGUCUUGAUUAAUUCAACUUUGUUUUCCAUCUUCUUUCCACUCAUAAUUACUAGUUCUAUUUUAGACUCACAUAAUAAAUUAUUACUACUACAAUUCAACGAAAAUAAUACUACUAAUCAAAUGAAGAGGAGAAUAGCUUGUACCACUUUUCUUCAACAACCAUAAUUAUCUGUUUCAUUUCAUUAAUAGUUGACACGUAUUGUAUUGGGGAAUAACAUUUGGAUAUUCGGAUUCUGAAUAUAAAAAUUAUUGAAAAAAAGAGUAAUUAAUGAAAUAUGUAAAAGUUUGACAGUAAGAAAAAUUUGUCUGGCUGCGAUCUAGGACCAAACUUUCUUUCACCAAGGCGUUGCAUUUUUUUCAAUAUUUUGUUCUGCAAAAUGUACUUAUUUAAUUAUUUGUAAGGAGAUUGCUUUUCGUAUUGUUUAUUUCCCCUUUUUGGCGUCGAAAAUUACGCAUUCCCAUGUCCAUGUGCACUUGAAAACUUGUACAGACUUCUGUUCCACUUCAAUUCACAGCAUUAGUCUUUGCCCUCCAAAAUGGCAUUGGCGAGAAUAGCUAGAAACGGUUGCCGACAAUCUGGAGGUGCCACAGGUAGAUAUGCUAUCAUACGGGACAUGAUCCGUGAGGAAUCAUUGUCUGUGAGCAAGUCUCACUCACCUUUCAGUGGGAGCUUCACAGCUUUCCAGCAACCUGUUAAACCACACAGCAAUCUUCCGUUUUUCUCAAGCAUUGGCAGGUUUCCUGCAGCAAGUUUUGGCUGUAGGGGGUUGAGGAUGACCCCUCAGUAUGAAUAUGCUCAUGCACAAGCAGCAGUCGAGGAAUCAGAUUCAGAAUAUGAGAAUCUAAAGUAUCCUACUCUUGAAGCAACAAAGCCCGGUGAAAAGCCUCGAGUAGUUGUUAUUGGCAGUGGGUGGGCCGCAUGUAGGUUUCUUAAAGGCCUCAACACCAAGCUAUAUGACGUUGUUUGUAUAUCGCCAAGGAACCAUAUGGUGUUUACGCCUUUGCUUGCCUCAACUUGUGUUGGAACCUUGGAAUUCCGCUCGGUAGCAGAGCCUGUUAGUCAGAUACAGACAGCAUUGGCGAAGGAUCCGAAUUCUUAUUUUUUCCUUGCUUCGUGCAAUGGUCUAGACACGGACAAGCGUGAAGUGUUCUGUGAGACAUCAGCUGAUGGUGGAGAAACAUACAAUUUCAAAGUUGCAUAUGACAAACUGGUAAUUGCUUCUGGAGCUGAACCAUUGACCUUUGGCAUCAAGGGAGUCCACGAACAUGCUUUUUUUCUGCGAGAGGUGUCUCAUGCCCAAGAAAUAAGGAAGAGGCUUCUCCUAAACCUGAUGCUCUCUGAAAAUCCAGGCAUGUCAGAGGAAGAAAAGGAGAGGCUACUGCACUGUGUUGUUAUCGGUGGAGGACCUACCGGCGUGGAAUUCAGUGGAGAAUUGAGUGAUUUUAUUAUGAGAGAUGUCCGCCAGAGGUAUGCUCAUGUCAAGAACUACAUAAAAGUGACCCUCAUUGAGGCGAAUGAGAUUCUAUCAUCAUUUGAUGUGGGAUUAAGGCAAUAUGCAACAAAGCACUUGACCAAGUGUGGAGUGCGCCUCGUGCGUGGUGUCGUUAAAGAGGUUCACCCGAAUAAGAUAGUUCUUAGUGAUGGAAGUGAUGUCCCUUAUGGCCUCCUUGUUUGGUCCACCGGAGUCGGUCCCUCAAAAUUCGUAAACUCGUUAUCCCUCCCCAAGGCUCUCGGCGGCAGGAUCGGCAUUGAUGAAUGGCUUCGAGUCUCAUCUGUGGAAGAUGUGUUUGCCAUUGGUGACUGCGCUGGAUUUGUUGAAGGGGUUGGGAGGCCAGUGCUUCCCGCUUUAGCUCAGGUUGCGGAGCGGCAAGGGAAGUAUCUAGUUGAGCUGUUCAACAGAGUGGGGAAAGAGGGGGGUGGUAAGGCCUCAUUCGGCAAAGAUGUUCCUCUCGGUGACCCAUUCGUCUACAAGCAUCUCGGAAGCAUGGCAUCUGUAGGCCGCUACAAGGCCUUGGUCGAUCUCCGCCAGUCCAAGGAUGCAAAGGGUUUAUCACUAGCUGGCUUCUUAAGCUGGUUCAUCUGGCGCUCGGCCUAUCUCACACGAGUAAUCAGCUGGAGAAACAGAUUUUAUGUUGCUAUCAACUGGGCGACCACACUUGUUUUCGGCAGAGACAAUUCCAGGAUCUAAUGUUACAGCAACUACUACUACAGCUUGCCCUAUCAGGAAUGACUCUUUUACCCUCUGUAAGUUGUAGAGACAUAUGCAACAUGAAUUAAUUAAAUGUUUCAUUUCUCUA